AUGGGGACGGAGACAUCGACGACCUCGAUUGGGAAAAAGAGCGCCCUGGGCUGUUUCGGGACCUACCUGCCGUUGUGGGUAGUGGCAUGCAUGGUUGUCGGCGCGACGAUCGGGUCGUUGUGGCCAGAGGUGGCGGAGAGGCUUGAUGAGGCGACAGUGGAGCAGGUCUCGCUCCCGGUUGCUGUCCUCAUCUGGAUCAUGGUCGUUCCCAUGGCGCUCACGGUUGACUUUGAUGCCAUCCUUGGCGUCUUCCGAUUCCCGCGCGGCCUCCUGGUCACAACGGCCGUCAACUGGCUCGUUCAGCCGUUCCUUAUGUACGGCCUCGCCACGCUGUUUUUCAGGCCAUCUACACGCGCUGUCAUCCUCGGCGGCUCGCCGUGUACAGCGAUGGUCUUUACGUGGUCAGUCCUUGCCCGCGGCGAUGGUGCGUACACCCUCGUCCAGGUCGCGCUCAACGAUGCGCUCAUCUUUGUGCUUUAUGCGCCGACGAUGUUCCUUCUUCUCUCGGCAUCCGACAUCCACGUGCCGUACAUCACAGUCGUCAUAGCGGUCCUUGUCUUUGUGGCCGUCCCCUUUGCCUUUGGCUUUGUCGUUCAGAAGUUCACCCCGUGGGCUGACUCUCUCGCCCGUAUCCUCAAGCCGUUCACCAUCGUCGCCCUCCUCGCCACCCUCCUGAUCAUCUUUGUCUUUCAGGGUGAGCGCUUGACCGAUCGCUGGACAGACGUUCUUCUCAUCGCCGUCCCGCUCACCCUGCAGACCUAUCUGGUCUUUGCCAUCGCAGCUGUCCUCGCCUGGUACGCCCGGCUUCCGUUCAAUGUGGCUGCGCCUGCGACCUUUAUCUCCGCUUCCAACUUUUUCGAGCUCGGCGUCGCCGUUGCCAUCGCCUCGUACGGCCUUGAUUCCGGUGCCGUGCUUGUCAAUGUGGUCGGCGUUCUCGUCGAGGUUCCCAUCAUGCUUUCGCUUGUCUGGUCCAUGAAGAAGGCGCACUCUAUAUUUGAUGCGCGAGCCGGCCCGGCGAGUGACCAUGAUUCGGACAUUUCGUCCGAGGCAUCGCCAAAGGACUAUGGGUACAGUGAGGACACGAUAUACGAUGCGUCGGCGUCGUCAGGUGGCGCUUCAUCGAGUUAA